CUGUACCACAGGCACCGUGGCAGUCUGCUUGACAACCGCCCAUUCUGCUCCCCUCCAUCAAAUAUGGCUGCGACUGCUAGUACCGCCGCCGCCAUCACCACCACCACCACCACCACUUCGUCACGCCCACGACCAUCGCACUCGGCACUCCAAGCUGGCCCCUCACCGCGGAGCCCACGAACACCACAGCUUGGCCGUAGCAUCUCCUCGCAGUUUGGCAGUCCCAGCGGCUUCCGCUCCGACCAAGACGACAUCAUCCUCUACGAGAUCGGGCCUCGUUCCUUGUCCGCCGGUUUCGCUGGUGAGAGCAGGCCACGAUGCAUUCUGCCCUUCACUCCGGACAUGGCGCGAAGGGUCGGCGACUAUAGGCAAUAUGAACCCGGUCAUGCAAGCAGAACUCGGAAGUUCAGGCUGCGCGAGGAAUGGGCAGCGAGCUAUGAGCUUUAUCAGAAUGAUCUGCGUGAGGUGAAUCUCGGACUGGUCGAGGACAAGCUAGAUCGCGCAUUGCGCACCGCGCAUAUAGAUUAUCUACAGCUUGAUUCAAAACCCAGAAAAGCCGCAGUCAUUAUACCUUCGUUACUCCCUACUCGCCUGCUUGAGGCGGUAUUGAAAGUGCUGUUCGGACACUACACACAACCACCUUCCAUCGCUUUAAUCACCCAGCCGGCCAUGUGCUGCGUCAGUGCUGGCCUCAGGGACGGUAUUGUGAUUGACAUUGGCUGGGAGGAGACCGUUGUAACUGCAGUGGGAGAGUACAAGGAAGUGGCACAGAGGCGCAGCGUGAGAGCUGGCAAAGCACUUACGCGUGAAAUGGGAAACAUUAUCGAGGGCUCCGUGCCUAGCGAAGUGGAAGUGAAGGUCACAUUUGACGAGGCAGAAGAUAUCUCACAACGCAUGGCGUGGUGUCAGCAACGCUCGCCGCCAAGCAACGAAGACUCAGCUAUUGUCCAUCUUCCAGUCCCUGGCAGCACUUCAGACGAAUCAUUCUCGAUUUUGUUUGAAAAGCUGGCUGAGCCCGCCGAGAGGGUCUACUUUGCUUCUGGAACCCAGCCUGAUGAUCACGAUGACCACGAUCUGCCUGUUCACAUCCUGGCCUAUCGCUUACUGCUAUCACUUCCGACUGACUUCCGUGCGUUAUGUGUCAGCCGCAUCAUGGUCACUGGCAUCUACGGCAGUCUCCCAGGAUUGAAGCGUCGUUUACUACAAGAGAUUGAUCACCUCAUCAAGACACGUGGAUGGAACCCAGUUUUCAAUUAUGGCAGCGCCACAAGUCACACCAAUCCAGCGUUGAAAGAGCGCUCGCCAAAUACGUUACAUCUUGUACCGCCAGGCAGUACUUCGCCUACUGUGCCGCUAUCACCUAUGAAGAUGCCGCUGCAGGAAGCAAUACCACACAUGGAUCGCGUUCACGACGACAUCAAAGAUCCGAUCACGCAAAAAGCAGAGCGGGCGCAAGCUCAAGGCCGAGUGGAGCCUCCCAUCAAGGGUAUCGUGAGAGGAGUCGAGACUUUAGGUGCAUGGCCCGGUGCUAGUCUGAUGGCGAGCUUGAGAGUGAAGGGUGUAUAUGAAGUCGAACGGGACGACUUUGUAAAAUCCGGCUUGAAAGACCAAGGUGAUCGUCUGUAGGAAAAGAAGCCCACGCCAGAGUAUACCUACUCCUGCCAUGGACAGCUCAUUCCGUACAGCCGCGCUCUUGCUGCACCAGUAGCUCGGACUUUUCGUGCUAUAUGAUCGACUUUGACCAACUUGAGUCAUAGGAGGUACAUAUCUUGUGACUUCUGCUCGUAAGUGUAGCCACCAAGAUGCUAAUUACGACCAUGGAUGCCACUUUUGGGAACCAAUACUACCACCGAGGACAUUUCGAAAAUGCAGUGGCGGAGAAAUCAUGUUACAUUGCGCAGUAGGACGAGAGGGUCUUUCUCCCCUCGUAUAUCAAUGCAGAGAUGCCAUGCUUGACUCCUAGAAUACAGGUAGCUCAAAACUUGCCGGAGCUGGGAGAGACAGAUCUGCAACGGCACUCGCCGAGAACAUCUGCUGACUGGGUAAGAGGACUCCACGCCACCGCUAUAAACUUCAUCAGCGCAACGCCUCUAGCCUUGGCAUUCUUGUCACUUAACAAAGUUGGAAAGAGACGGACAUUCAUGCCAAGUAGAUGCGGCAAUGGCUGCUUGAUGAAGCUUCAGUAAAAUAUCACCCAACCCGGUUUUCAGCGGUCAGCCUCGGUGUCCUCUUCACACGUCUGUUGAUCUGAACCCAAAUUGGCUCUGUGGUAUUGCGCUGGACGUGUGGAGGCGCAAUGCUGCUUGUAGGCGACUUUUGGUCGACUUGCGAUGAAAUAGGUGCCAAUAACGAUGAUCACGGCUUGAUCAGCGAAUGGCCGGCUCCAAAACACCACUGGCUGGCUUUUUUAGUGGCAACGAGAUCAUCUGCUAUG